GUAAACUUCCUGUAAAGAUACUCCCUGCAGGUGUCUUAGACAAUUUAAUCAAUGUUACAUAUGUACGUAUUUACAUGUGUAUGUAGCGAUUUUAACCAUUAGUAUGUCUUAAUGUGUUCUGGAAUAGAAACCUGACUUCUCAUAAAAGGAAUUAGUUCAGUAAUAAUAAACGUCUUUGAUUGAAGUUCCGUCCUGCAGAAAGGGGUGGAUUUUGCCAAUCCUCGACAUUUUUUUGUUAAAAUUGACUGUAUCAUCUCCAUUUGAAGAGAUAAGAGAAUGUGGAGAUGACAUGACUGUAAUUGUGUCAAAUUUUGGAAAUGGCGGUUGCAGACCCCAGUUAUAAUCAAGUCGACACUAGUUCAGAUGAAGAGGAUGGGGCAAAAAAUAACAUCAACGGCAGUCCUUCUUCACCCAAGUCUGUGGGAGGCUAUAAUGCCUCUAAGCAAAAUGGAACUGCUGUAACACAUAUUGAUAGAUAUGGAUUUAUGGGUGGUUCCCAGUACACAAAUCCAGAUGAUGAACACAGGAUUGCAAUUGACAAACUCAGACAACGAGAGCUGAAAUGGCUAGAAAUGUUUGAUGAUUGGGAAAAAUGGAUGAGCAAAAGAUUCAAAAAGAUAAGAGAUAGAUGCAGGAAAGGUAUCCCACCAUCACUGAGGUCACGUGCAUGGCAGUAUUUGUGUGGGAGUAAAUUUCUCAUGGAACACAAUGAAGGAAGAUUUGAUGAAUAUCUACAGCAGCCAGGAAAUCCAAAGUGGGAAGAUGAUAUUACAAAAGAUUUACACAGACAAUUUCCUCAGCAUGAAAUGUUCAACUCAAAAGGAAGUUAUGGUCAAGAAGACUUGUACAAAAUUCUGAAGGCCUACACCAUUCACAAUCCAAGAGAUGGCUACUGCCAAGCCAUGGCCCCUAUAGCUGCUGUACUAUUGAUGCAUAUGCCAGCGGAGCAAGCGUUCUGGUGUUUUGUGUCCAUAUGUGAAAAAUAUGUCCAAGGAUACUACAGUCCUGGCUUGGAAGCUAUUCAAGUAGACGGGGAUGUUUUGUUUGGCUUACUCAAAAAGACACAACCAUCUGUGUACAAACAUAUAAAAAAGCAGCAGAUAGCCCCUAUACUGUACAUGACAGAAUGGUUUAUGUGUUUAUUCACCAGAACACUGCCUUGGUCUACUGUGUUAAGAGUUUGGGAUAUGUUUUUCUGUGAAGGCAUAAAGGUGAUAUUUCGUGUUGCUUUGGUGCUAUUUAAAAUUGUGUUUGGGGAUGCAGGGAAUUUUAAAGAUUGUCCAACACUGUACGAAACUCUGGAAAAACUAAGACACAUUCCAAUUCAGCAUUUAGAUGAAGAACUGGUAGUACAAGAUACAUUGAGACUGAACAUCAAUGAAAGAGAUAUGGAAAAGGAGCACCAGAAACAAAUUCAUCGACGGAAAACUAAAGACAAAUCAAAGAAAGGAGGGAAGCAGAAGUCAUGACAGAAAUCUAAGACAAUGUCUCUCUUCUCUGGAUGUGUCAGUUGUGACUUGUGCAUUUGUAUGUUGAAUCACAGAUUAUUUCCCCUCAUGCUAGUCAUAUUUAAGACAUUUUUAUAUUUUAGUAUCUGUGACAGAGUGAGACCCUUAAUGCUCUUGUUGUGUUGGCGUUGAUAUUGCAGAAAUCUACCUUACGUAGCCUUGGAGUUGAAUGUUAUGGUGCAUUUUUUUUUUCUUCACAAAUUUGUAUUCUGUCGUUAAUGCUAUUCAAUACUUUUGGUAUAUUUUUAAUGUGAUUUUUUUUCUAACCAAUCCUAAACUUUCUCUAAGGAAUAUGAAGUUUACCAACUAGUACACAUGUAUAUACAUGUACCUAACAUGAAAAUAUACUAUUGGGUGAAUUCAUUUUUUAAAUAGACUAAUUUAGAUUUUUCUAAAUUCUAAGAAGUAACAAAUCAUUAAUUUACAAAUAUGAAUUGUUAAAGGCUCCAAAAGAUUUGUGCUCAAAAGCUUUGCAAAUGAUAUUUUCAUACUACAUAUGUACUAGGUAGGUUUUAUAAUGGGAUGAACUUUAAAAGAAUUUGAAUAAAGUAUCGUUUAUUCUUUAAAUUUACUGUUCAAAAAAUGUGAAUAAAGCUUGUUCUAUGGAGUUGAGAUAUAAUUAUUGUGAUAACAUAUAGUGAUAGAAUAUGGACCAAUUUUCAUCAAACUUUGCUCAUUCCCAUUCUACAAAACAUUGUUCACUGCCUUUUUCCUCAAUUAUGCCCUCCCUAUUUAAUUUUAUGAACAAAGGGAAUGUAAUCAGAGUAACAAUGUGUGUAAAGAUCUUGACUGUGAGAGAGUCACAGAUAUUUACACAUAAAUGUACAUGUGCAUUUUUUUUUCACUUGCUCACCAAUGAUUAAAAAUAUUCCGAAAUGAUACAUUGUCCACAAAUUCAUGUAAUUGAAUAGAAACAUUCCUAAUAUUCCCUCAUGUUUGCAGUCAUAUAAAUAAUCAAGAAAGGUUUUUCUAUUAAGUGUACAAUGUAUUGGAUACUCUUGUGCUUGCUAUUUGUUGAAUAGUGCACGUAUGUAUACAUCUUGAUAAAUGUAGCCAUAGCAAUGGGAAACAUGGUGUGCAAAUCAUUACAGGUUUAAGUAGACUAAAAAAUAAUGUCAAGUAGUUAUAAAAAGAUAAAUAUGUGCAAUUAAUUCUUUUUAUUACUUGAGCUUUGUUCAUGAGAGUAUUGAAAAAGUCUUUAGAAUAUGCACAGCAGUUUGAUAUAGAAUUAUCAAUCUUAGGAUUGAAAAUAUCUGGUUAUGGAAAAAAUAAAAUGAUUUACUUAUUGUAUGAAAUGGGACAGGGAUAGUCAACAAGUAGAAUGGGUUAAUGUAAAUAAAAUCUAGGUCAUAUACAUGUAUGUAUACUUAGUCCAACAAUGUAUAUUUUGUGCCAUGAUAAGGGGGUUGUACUUUGAUAUGGGAAAUCUUUUUGUACACAAAUCAAUUGUUAAGCUCUUUUUUUUUUUCUCAAAUUAGCUAUAAAAACCUGUUCAUUGAUAUCAUAUGUGAUACACCAUGCUUACAAUUCUUUAGUUUCCAUGUAGCAGGAAAAAAAUACUUUGAGUUAAUUAUUUUAACUAUGAGUAGUUUAUGAAAGUGAUUCAGCUAUAAUGUAUAUUAAAUGGAAAUUUAUUUUUUAAAACAAUUCAAACUGGUUAUAAAUUUACUGGUAAUUCAAGAAGUUAUUUCUUUUCAAUCAAUGGGAUUGAACUAGUUUUUUUAUGACGAAGUUGAAAAAUUGUUUUGAAAAAAGGAAACAAAAAUUAAUAUCCAAAGUAUCAGUAAAUAAAUCAUAAGUAUUAGCACUUUCUGUGACUCAAUUGAUUUUUUUGUGUGUUUUUUUUUGUUUUUGUUUUUUUGGGGGGUUUUUUGUACUGGUGCUAAAAGAACUCUGGUUGAAUUUUUUUUUUUGAUGUGUUUCAGUGUUACUGCUUCAAUUUUAUUUAUGUAACUUAAUAGAAGAAUAUUUCAUGUAAAAAAUACCACACAAAUACCCUCUCAUAUCAUGUUAUUUUGUCUCACUGUCGUGUGCCAAUAUGAAUAUAUUUUAUUUUUGCUCCUCAGUAUUUGAAUUCAGAAAAGGAAAAAAAGGAGGUUUCAAACACUGUAGGAAUUUGUUUGAGAUACAUGUAUGAAUUUCAUUUAACCUGAAAAUUGUGAAAACCAAAUGGUAUCUAGAUUAUUAAUUCAAUAUGUGACAACGUAAUUGCAAGUGAAAAAACAAUUGCCAGAGCCAUAUUACAGAAUUUUUUUCUUGAACUGCAUUAAGAACUGAUUCAAUGUUGACAUAAUUACGAAUACAGACCUUAAUUUAAAAUCAUUUUAGCAAUGUCUUAAAAUGAAAAUAUUGUGAUAUAUUUUGAAAUAGGUCCUUUUCAAACAAAAAAUGAUAUAAUUAAUCAUAUAGAACUGAAAUUACAUGUAUGUAAUAUAUAAAAUACAUGUAGAAUCAAAAAUGUUUAUUUAGUUUGAAGUCAUAAAGGAGGAAUAUAUAAAAUAAGGUCCACACAGCCUAUGUACUUUGCUAGUUAACAAUCCUUGUUUUAUAUAUAGAUAAUGAAUAGUCAUUCAUUGUAUUGUCGUAUGGAUGGAACAAUUUUUAUUUUGAGAAAAUAAACUGACCAUUCUAAUGCCAA